AUGCCCUCGCAAAGAAGACUCUCAGAUUUUGUCCUUAUGACGCGAGAAUAUAUGGAAUCCUUCUAUAUGGACCUGGAGAAGUUCUACCGAGAAUAUCAUGCUUUCUACAAGGUCAUAAUUGGCGAUUUCAACGCCAAAGUUGGCCCAAGAAGAACGCCGGAGGAAUUUCACAUCGGGACCCACGGCCUACAACGGAAUGGCCAGGGGGAGAGGCUCUCCGAGUUCAUCAUGACGACUAAGACCAUCCAUGGGAACUCACAAUUCCAGAAGCCCUCCUCUCCACGCUGGACGUGGGAGUCACUCGGUGGAGGGUACCGUAAUGAAAUAGACCACAUCAUCGUCAAUAAAAGGUUCUGCCUGACGGACGUCGGUGUUGUACCAAAGUUCUAUACGGGAUCGGACCAUCGCCUCCUCCGAGGAAAAUUUUCCUUCACAAGGAGAGCAGAGAAAGCCGCCAAGCUCAGAGAGAGAAAUCCCAGAACUAUCAUCAACUGGGAUCUCUUCGCUACGCUAGCCGGCUUUUGGGAAGAUUCCGCAAUGGACAACAUCGACGAGGAAUAUGACCGGCUUGUUGAACACCUUCACGACUGCGCGAAGAAGGCUGAGAGUUUUAAAACCACCAAGAGGCGCCUGUCUCUUGAAACUCUUGAGCUGAUACGCCAGCGUGGAGCAGCACGAGCCGCAGGGAACCAAGAACUCACGUCCGAGCUCGCAAGGCUUUGCAGAGAGGCGAUAAAGGAAGACCUUAAAGAGAGAAGAGCAGAAGUGCUGGCUGAGGCUGCAGAGGCGGGGAAAAGCAUCCGCUAUGCCCGUCGAGACUUCGGCCAGUCGCAAGACGAGGAUGACUGCUCUCCGGAACCCAAAGGGAACAGCCAUUGCAUCGAGAAGGGGGAUGGAGAAAAUCAUCUCCGACUUCUACUCUUAUCUCUUCGACAGCUAUGUCCACUUACCUCCUCACCAUCUGAGGGAAGACGGAGAAGUCAUUCCAGAAGUUCUCCCAUCCGAAAUACGACAUGCUAUCAUGUCGGUAAGAAAUCGUACGGCACCCGGAUUGAAAAAGUCUUGGAUGAAGGACAGCCAUGCGAGCAAGUAGGGUUUCGAAAAGGAUUCAGCACGAUUGACCACAUUCACACUGUUUCGAAACUCAUCGAGGUAUCACGAGAGUACAAGAUGCCGCUCUGUCUCACCUUCAUCGACUUAAAGAAGGCUUUCGACUCGGUUGAGACGGAAGCGGUCGUGGAAGCCUUGGACAACCAAGGCGUCCCUACUCAGUACAUAAAGGUACUUCGAGAGUUGUACAGUAACUUCACGACCGGAAUUUCGCCAUUCUACAAGAACAUCAUCAUUGACGUGAAGAGGGGGGUCCGACAGAGUGAUACAAUUUCACCCAAAAUAUUCACAGCCACCCUCGAGAAUGCAAUGCGAAAGUUGGAAUGGGACGACAUGGGAGUGGAGGUUGAUGGUCGGCAGCUACACCAUUUGCGCUUUGCUGAUGACAUCGUACUGAUAACACCUAGCAUCAGUCAAGCGGAACGAAUGCUGACCGAAUUCGACGAAACAUGUGGAUGCAUCGGUCUUCAGUUGAAUCUACAAAAGACGAUGUUCAUGCGGAACGAAUGGAUCUCGGAUGUCCCAUUCACGCUCAACGGAACGAACAUAUCCGAAUGCACCAGCUACGUUUAUCUGGGUCGGGAAUUGAACAUGAUGAACGAGCUGGACAGGAGGAGAAGAGCGGCUUGGGGAGCGUACAAGAGCAUCGAGGAUGUAGUGAAGAAGACCAGGAACACCCGGCUCCGUGCUCACCUCUUCAACACCACCGUACUUCCUGUUUUGACCUAUGCUUCGGAAACCUGGGCAUUUCGCAAGCAGGAAGAAAACGUGGUUCUGAUCAAAAUACGACCUAGCCAUACGAUGGUAAAGAACAUCUGCUACCGGCAGCGGAAAAGGAAAGAAGUCGCAUACGACGAGUGCAUACUGGAGGACUCCUUGUUCCACGGUGACUGGCACAUCCAAGAAGACCCAAACGUGGACUACGAUUACGAGCCUGUGCUGAACGCGCCUCGUUGCGCACGAGAAACUUGUCCGAUCAUCCCCACUGGUGAAGCUCCAUCACGGAUUCUUCCUUCGGAAUUACGUGUAUCGGCAGCAUGCAGGCAGUAUUAA